AUGCAAACGAUCUGUGAAGAGUUGGUUAAGGAUACAGAUAUUGCUAUAUACUACCAACCUGUGCACAUUGAUGAAAAGAUAACAUGUGUGACUGUAUGCCACAGUCAACAUUCACAUCAUAAAAGAUGCUACAACAGGGGACUCUGCACAGUGUACAAAGGCACUGGACCUCUUUGCAAGUGUCAUAACGUGGCUGAGACUUGGUACUUGAAUGAGGACUGUAGCCUACCUAUACAGAGGACUGCUUUCUAUGCAGGGUUAAGUGGGACCCUUGCUUGUCUGUUAGUGAUAGUGGGAGUCUUGACUGCAUUCUUACUGAGGAACAAACGAAGACAAAAGAGGAGAAGAGACAUUAAAGAGCAGCUGGUGAACCAAUGGCUGAAUGAGGACUUUGAGUGGCCCAGAUCCAGCCAUCCUGACAUUCACAAUGCUGGAGAUCUCCACAACCUUGCUUACACUCAUGAAGACUCUGGACCGUCUUUGGAUACUGACGACAGACCGCCGAGCUCAUCCACGAGUAUUUACGGGCUGGACACUGAGUACCAGCUGUCAGAUACACCAUACAGACACAAUACUCCAACUACUAAUACUCUCUCAUUUUCUAAUGCUGGACACCCACAAUCCGCCAGCCUGCCUCAACCUCAGAGACACUUCUCACCUCAGAUGCUGAGGAUCAGCAGGCCUCAGAUAAAGACAUCCUGGGAUGCCUGAGCCCUAAGUCUGCAUCAUUAUGG